AUGGCGCAGCAUGACUUUGCUCCAGCCUGGCUUAAUUUUCCUACUCCACCAUCAUCAACAAAGGUGUCUACCACUUGUGCUCCUUUACAGUCAUCACUGAACUUUGAGAAACAUUCGGAAAAUUUUCCGUGGACUGAGAAUCGUUAUGAAGCAAAUCGCAGAAGACACAACUCUUCAGAUGGGUUCGAUCCUAACAUUGGACGGCCUAAUGGAGGGAAUUUUGGGUGGAAAGAGAAGAAUGGUUGGCGUUCACAAGGCAGAAAUGGUACAGAAAAUACAUACCAUCGUGGGGGAUACCAUGGUGGAGGUUCCCGCGCUCGUACCAGCACUUUCCACUGUGGAAAAGGCCAAGGACUGCACGAAAACAGUGUACCUGAUAAUGAAAUUGGGAAAAAGGAAGACAAAGAAGUACCCAAACAGUUUGAGGCUGAGGAUUUUCCAUCUUUGAACCCUGAAUGUGAGAGGGAACCAAACCAGAAUAAAUCUUUAGCUGCAGGUGUGUGGGAGUAUCCUUUAAAUCCUAAAUCUAGAUCUCCGAGAAUGCUGGUCAUUAAAAAGGGCAGUACUAAAGAAUUACAGAUAUCUGGAUUCCCAGUAGGAGGAAGCCUUCAUUCACAACCAGUAAGAAAUGGAACUGGUGCAAGUGUUUAUAAAGGAUUAGUCCCUAAACCUGUCACUUCACCCGCAAAGCCUACACACUGGAAAAGCCAAGCAAAAGAAAAUAAACUUGGGAAUCCAUUUCCUCAUGAAUCUGCAUAUGGUGUUGGCAAUUUCAGUCCUUUCAAAUCAACUGCCAAGGCAUUUGCUGUAUCACAAAAUUCAGUGAAAGAGUGUAGUCGGUCAAAUUCUUCAUCCCCUGUUGACAAAGUUGGUCAGCCUCGUUUAACAAAAUUGACAAGAAUGCGGACUGAUAAGAAGAGUGAAUUUUUGAAAGCAUUGAAACAAGAUAGAGUGGAAGAGGAACAUGAAGACAAGAGUCGUGCUGGGCAAGAGAAGAAUGAUGAGUCCUUUAACUUGCAUAAUAGCAACAGUCCUCAUCAUGAGAGAGAUAUAAACCGAAACUUUGAAAAUGAAAAUCUGCAGGAGAAUGGCAAUGCUUCAGUUACAUCUCAACAGAUUGUUCAGUCUUCAGCUUUCCCUCAGGCAGAUGUUCUUUCAAGCUCACUUGAGGCAGAGCAUAGGUUGUUGAAGGAGAUGGGCUGGCAGGAAUACAGUGAAAAUGAUGAAACAUGUGCUCCACUAACAGAGGAUGAGAUGAGGGAGUUCCAAGUCAUUAGUGAGCAGUUACAAAAAAAUGGCCUUCGGAAAAAUGGCAUUUUGAAAAAUGGCCUCGUCUAUAAUUUUAAAUUUAGUCCUUGGAAAAACAGCACUUUCAAACCUGCUCUGGAGAAUGAGGAUUCUGAGACGAGCAGCAGUGAUACAUCAGAUGAUGAUGUGUGAAGACUUCUGUAACAUCUGUAGAAGCCUGUUUUGAUCUCAUGAGAAUUUGGGGAUGUGUCGUCCAAAAAAAAUUUUCUAAUUUAUGUAGUAACAUACCCACUAGAGAAAGAAUGAUGACACUUUUCUCUGAAGAAAGCAAGGAAUGUUGUGUUGGACAUGCUGAACCUUACUAUAAUUUCUUUGUAAACGAAUGUUGUAGAAUGAGGACUUGGGUUGACCCAGCAUUGACUUUCUUCAUCACUGAAGCAUUUCUGACUAGCAAUGUGACAAUGUAACAAAUCAGACUUUCUCAUUUAAUAAUAAAAAAAAAAGAACUGUGUAAUGUCUUGCAAAGCUUCUGUCUUAAAAUGUCCGAGUCUAUAAGGAAAGAAAGGGCAGCUUGACACAGUGUUUUGCUUGCCACAUCAUUUCUUUCUUACAAUGGAAAUCCUUGACUCCACUUUGUAUGCAAAAAGGGCAAUGUAGCAUGUUGGCUAAAAUGAGCAAAGUGCACUAAAACUC